UCCCCAUUUAAUGGCUCUACAAUGACAUCGUGUCUCCGAAAAAAAAAAAUCAUUUGACACUCUUUUUAUUAAAAACAUAUCUAUACAAUAAACAAACUUUUAUGUUGACCCAGAAAAAUUUUUUUGUAGAUCUGCCAACGGCCAAAACUGGGAUAAUUUUUAUUUAAUGCAUAGCAAAGAGUGGGAAGCCAUUUUUACUUGAGCACAUUCUCUCCUGUGAAGGAUUGUGAAUAUCGGCGGGCUAUGAACGUUGAAGGCUGAAAACACACACACACACACACACAGAACCGUCGCAGUUUUCCUUCAAAUGUGUCAUUAACCAACGAGGUAAAUUUCGUUGCAGUUUUAAGUCGCACACAGGCUCGGGGAUCGAGUCUUGUGACAAUAGAGAGGUCCCGAGAUCGAGAGCUCAGUCCAACUGCCUCCGAAGUUCAUGAUGAGAUCUCAAUUUCUUUAAGAAGAAACGUAUUAUAGCAAAUCAACUCCACAAUCACAUGAACUCAAGGCUACCCUCAAGAUUCCCGCCUAACCGGAGCUUCAAAUUGAUUAGAAGUUGCUUGGAAUCCGGUGACUUACAACGUGCACGCUACUUAUUCGAUAAAGUUCCUGAACCGGACCUGCGUGCAUGGACCAUUUUAAUUUCGGCUCACAUUCAAGAUGGGUUCCAUAAGAAAGCCAUAGAAAUCUACGCUACAUUGCUGGGUCGCAGUAUAAAGCCUGAUAAAUUACUAUUACUAUCAGUGUCGAAGGCAUGUGCUGCGUCUGGUGAUGUUGUCAAGGCCAAGGAAAUACAUGAUGAUGCAAUUAGAUUUGGGUUUAAUAAAGAUCUUUUUUUGGGUAAUGCAUUGAUUGAUAUGUAUGGGAAAUGUAAGUGUGUUGAUGGAGCAAAACGGGCUUUUGAUGAUAUGGUGGUUAAAGAUGUGGUUUCUUGGACUUCAAUGGCUUCUUGUUAUGUCAAUUGUGGUAUGUCUAGACAAGGUGUGUUGGCUUUUAGGGAGAUGGGGUUAGAUGGUAUUAGACCUAAUUCAUUGACAGUAUCAUCGGUCUUACCUGCUUUUGCUGAUUUGAAGGAGUUGAAGUUGGGAAGAGAGAUUCAUGGGUUUGUUCUGAGGACUGCAAUGGAAGGGAAUGUUUAUGUGAGUAGUGCUCUUGUGAACAUGUAUGCCAGUUGCAUGAGCCUUAGACAAGCUAGGCUGGUAUUUGAUAACAUGUCUCAGCGAGAUGUUGUAUCAUGGAAUGUCAUAUUAACAGCCUACUUCUUGAACAAAGAAUGUGAGAACGGUCUUGCUUUGUUUCAUCAAAUGAGAGAGACAGGCAUCAAGUUAAAUAACGCUUCAUGGAAUGUUGUAAUCAGUGGCUGCCAGCAGAAUGGCCAAAAUGAACUGGCACUGGAUAUAUUUAACAAUAUGCAAGAUUCAGGGUUCAAACCCAAUCAAAUCACGAUUGCUAGUCUCUUACCUGCUUGUACAAAUUUGGAAAGCUUAAGGGGUGGGAAAGAAAUUCAUGGUUAUGCCUUUAGGCAUUGUUUUAUAGAGGACAUGACAAUAACAACAGCUCUAGUUUUGUUGUAUGCGAAGUGUGGUGACUUGGAACUUUCAAGAGAAGUCUUCAAUAUGAUGCCAAUAAAAGACGUUGUUGCUUGGAACACAAUGAUCAUUGCAAACUCUAUGCAUGGAAAUGGAGAAAAAUCGUUGAUGCUUUUCCACAAAAUGUUGGACUUGGGGAUUAAACCUAACUCUGUUACAUUUAUAGGUGUCUUGUCUGGAUGUAGCCAUUCUCAGCUAGCUGAUGAAGGCCUUAUGAUUUUUAAUUCAAUGACUUCUGAAUAUGCAAUUAAAGCUGAUGAAGAUCAUUACUCAUGCAUGGUUGAUAUCCUAAGCCGUGCUGGUCACCUGGAGCAAGCAUAUGAGUUCAUCCAAAAAAUGCCUGUAGAACCAACAGCUAGUGCCUGGGGAGCAUUGCUAGGAGCUUGUAGAGUGUACAAGAAUGUGGAGUUGGGGAGAAUCGCAGCAGGUCGGCUGUUUGAGAUUGAACCAGAUAACCCUGGAAACUAUGCUUUAUUAUCUAACAUUUUGGCUACUGCCAAAAUGUGGGUUGAAGCUUCAGAAACUAGAAAAAUGAUGAGAGACAAAGGAAUUGCAAAAACGCCAGGUCGUAGUUGGAUUCUGGUAAAAAAUAAAGUGUACUCUUUUGUUGUUGGAGAUAAGAGUAAUGAACAGAAUGAGAAGAUCUACAGAUUUUUGGAGGAUAUAGGUGAAAAGAUGAGAUUGGCUGGUUAUCAACCAAACUCUGAUUUUGUUCUGCAGAAUGUAGACCAAGAGGUAAGAGAAGAAACACUGUGCAGCCACAGUGAAAGGCUGGCAGUUGCUUUUGGAAUACUGAAUUCAAGUGGGAAAUCAUCAAUUCGAGUGUUUAAGAAUUUGAGAAUAUGUGGGGACUGCCAUAAUGCCAUCAAGUUAAUAGCCAAAAUUGUUGACAUGCAGAUCACCGUUAGAGAUUCGUUCAGGUUUCACCAUUUCAGGGAUGGAUAUUGUUCUUGUCGUGAUUUUUGGUGAUUCUGAUGCUGAUUCAAAGAAGUAAUCCAACAAAAUAUACAAGAUUUAGUUAAGGUCGAAGGCUUGAAUGGAAUGAGACAUGAAUAUUCAUAAGAUUUAUGAAGGCAAAGAGCUUUGAGCACCAAACAACAAUGUACGAGGACAAGGGAUUUCCCAAACAUUUUUGGAUAGGCAUUGUAGAAGCCAUGACUAAAGUAACAAUGAUGAUCAUGAUCUAGAAAUCUGUUCCAAAAUGCAACUGCCAUGGCAGCCCUGGUUUCGCUAAAUGUAAUUUUUUAUUUUCCAGAUCAGUACAUUCAUUUAUGGAAAAAAAAAAAAAAAAACAAA